AUGUCAGAUAUACGUAGUAAGAGUCUCAGUUUACCUCAUAUUUAUGAAUAUGAUGGAUUAAAUACAUAUUCUUUAAAUCAAUUAAAAUUGGAUAAAAAAACAAAACAAUCUGUUUAUUAUAUAUGUCAUAUAUGUAUAUUAAAAAGUAAACAAGUGAAUUUAAAUGAUGAAUUAACUAAAGAUAAAGCAGAAUAUUUAAUUGAAAAUAAUUUAAAUAAACGUUUAGCUCAUUGUAAUUUAUAUUGUUUACAAGAUCAAAUACGGUUUGAAAAAUCAAAACAAUGCGGUUCAAAUCCACCAAGAAGAUUUAUAUUAUAUAAACAUAUAAAAUGUAUAUAUAUCUCUGAAAGCAAACCAUAUAUUUUUAUAUUAUGUAUAGAAUUUGAUAAAGCAAAACGUAAAAUUUAUGAAGUUUAUAAAUGUAAAUUAUCACAAGAUGUUAAAAUGCUUUAUAUAGUAUUACAGAAAGCAUUAAAAGAUAAAGAAUUUUUAUUAAGAGAAGAAUUAAAACAUCCAAAAAUAUCUGUUGGAUCACAAUGUUGUUUAAUUUAUGGUAGAACUAUGAAUACUACUAGUAAUAUUAAUACUUCUACAUAUGAAAGUGAUAUUCAUUACAACAAUGAAAAAUAUAUGAGUAAUAUUAAGAAACAAUCAUUAUUACCAAUUAAUAGAUCAUUAUCUAGAACUAAACUCACUGGUGUCACUUCAAAUAUUUAUGAAGAACAUUCUAAUGAAUUGAUUCAAAAACAAGCUAUCACUUCAACUUCGUCGUCUAGAUAUUCUGAUCUUUCAAUGGAAUUAUUACAAAAGUUGAAUAGUGCUUACAAUCUGGAUGGCGAAUACAAUAAUAAUAUUACCUGGCAUAAAUCUUUAAUAUUAUUACAGACGGAUUUUAUAAAAGGUCCUCGAAUAAAUGACAUUGGUCCUAUUUAUAUGUUUGUAGCAAGACAACUUAAAUAAUCUUUGAUAAUUGAAUUAUAACUAAACUGAAUAGAAUAUAUUUACUAAAUUUAAUUCUUUAUUCAAAUUUGUCUUUUUAAACUUUUCUGAAUAAAUUUCGGUAUGUUAUGGUUAAAUUUACUCAACUAAUCUUGUAGUACAUUCUUAUUUGAAUAAUCAAUUUGUUGUUUUCAUCACUAAUAUUUAAUAACUACAUAUAUUUAUCAAUGUUUCCUACAAAUAUUAUUACGUAACCUAGUUGAUUUUUUUGGGGGGGGGUAUCUAAUAUUAGCCAGUCAUUUAUUUCUUUACUUUGAAACAUUUCAAAUAUAUAACCAAUUCAAUGAAUUAUGUUUAGUAGUUUUUAAAAAAAUUAUUAUUAUUGCUUUGGGUAAUUAAUCUACAGAUUAGUAAACUAUUCAAGUCAUUAAUUUCAAUUGUUUCAUCUAAUAUAAAACUGUUUGUCAAUAAUUUUGAUCAAUUCUGGGGUUGAAAAAAUCUGUUUUUUUUAAAUAGUAAAAUGUAUUUUCUUUUCCCAUAUUUUUUUUGAUUUACCGCAUUUUAUUAAACAGACUAAUCGGUUAGAGUUAAUAAAUGGAAUUAUUAUAAUCUCCAUGAUACUUAAAUUUUUUUUGUUCGAUUCUAUGUGGGAUUUUAGGUACUGAUUGCUGAUGAAUCAUUAAGUAGCACGAAAUACUACAUUAGUAGUGCUUUAAUAUUUUCUGUACGACAAGCUUGGUGAUAGAUUGUAACAAUUCUGGUGAGGUUUUAAGAAUAGAAAAGAUAAGUGAUGUCUAGAAUGAAAAAUAUAUCAUUGAUGAAACGAGAAUAUUCAUUAGCCAUAUUAUAAACUUACUGAAUUUGAAGAGCACUUCACAUAUUUCAUGCUACACGAAACAGAUAAUUACUAUUACAACUGUUUAUAUAUUAUAAACUUUCCACUAAACUUUUUAUCGGAGACACUUAUUCAUUGGUUUUGUAUUUAUUUAAGUGUUUGUUGGAAUGUUU